GAGUGUGGGAAGAGUUUUACUAAGCAGAGUAAUCUCCAACAACACCAGCGUGUUCACACAGGAGAGAAACCAUAUAACUGCUCAGAGUGUGGAAAGAGUUUUGCUCAACAGGGUACCCUUCAAAAACACCAGCGCAUUCACACAGGAGAGAAGCCAUUUCAGUGCUCAGAGUGUGGAAGCAGUUUUUCUCGUCAGAGUACGCUCCAAAGACACCAGCACAUUCACACAGGAGAGAAGCCAUUUCAGUGCUCGGACUGUGAAAAGAGUUUUACUCAAAGCAGUAACCUUAAAUUACACCAGCGUAUUCACACAGGAGAGAAACCGUAUUACUGCUCAGAGUGUGGGAGGAGUUUUUCUUACAGUAAUGCUCUUAAAGUACACCAGCGUAUUCACACUGGAGAAAAGCCACAUCACUGCUCAGAGUGUGGAAAGAGUUUCAUUCAAAGUUGUGACCUUAAAGUACACCAGCGUGUUCACACUGGAGAGAAGCCCUAUCACUGCUCAGAGUGUGGAAAGGGUUUUAUUCAAAGAAGUGACCUUAAAGUACACCAGCGUGUUCACACUGGAGAGAAGCCGUAUCACUGCUUAGAGUGUGGAAAGAGUUUUGCUCAACAGAAUAACCUUCAAAAACACCAGCGUAUUCACACAGGAGAGAAACCAUAUUACUGCUCAGAGUGUGGAAAGAGUUUUGCUGAACAUGGUACCCUUCAAAAACACCAGCGUAUUCACACAGGAGAGAAACCAUAUAACUGCACUGAGUGUGGAAAGAGUUUUGCUGAACAUGGUACCCUUCAAAAACACCAGCGUAUUCACACAGGGGAGAAACCAUAUUACUGCUCAGAGUGUGGAAAGAGUUUUGCUGAACAUAGUACCCUUCAAAACCACCAGCGUAUUCACACAGGAGAGAAACCACAUAACUUCACUGAGUGUGGAAAAAGUUUUACUCAAAGUAGUGCCCUUAAAGUACACCAGCGCAUUCACACAGGAGAGAAACCGUAUCACUGCUUAGAGUGUGGAAAGAGUUUUACUCAAAGUAGCGUCCUUACAGUACACCAGCGUAUUCACACAGGAGAGAAGCCGUAUCACUGCUUAGAGUGUGGAAAGAUUUUUGCUCAUGAAAAUAAUCUCAAACGGCAUCAGCGUAUUCACAUAGAG